AUGGAUGGAUGGAGGAUGAAACUGAGGCUGAGGCUGAGGGACCAGACACAGACCGCCGACUCACGUACUCGGCUUUGUUACAUCAAGCCACAUAAUAGGUUUAUAAAAAUUCAUGCUUUGACUGAUGUCUUUUUUUAUUUGUUCCAAGGUAUCUUUGCGGGGACAAAGGUUAAGGCGCUAAAUGUCACCGCGGAUGACGAUGAUCUGGACGAGAUAAAUUUUGAGCAGUUCAAGAAUACCAUUAGGAGAUACAGAAGGCUGAUACCUUAUAUGAGUUAUUAUGUUGCUAAUAAUUAUGUUAAUCAGAAUGGACAGUUUGUCGAGCCGGUCCUCCGGAAACCAGCGAGGCAGCGAACUGAACCGACGAGGAAACCGAUACGUACUCCUGCUAAGGACCACCAAACAAAAUUUAUCCCAUCAGUGCAGUUCAACCCAAAAGACAUCGGAGGUGACACAAAUUACUUCAUGCCAGUGCGUUACAACGCAAAGUUAAACUACGAGGACCCAAGCUACCAAGAAUAUAACCGACGACCUUACGUAGAAAUCACGACCCCGAGCCCGAUCGCCGAGACGCGAUAUUAUAAAGAACGCCCGCGCCCGUACAACCUCGUCUUACCGCAGUCAUCACAACUAAAACAAACCCGGCGACCGGAUUCCUAUUUAUUUGAUUACGUAAGACCUAAACCAACCACAGUUAACUCUGAGUACUAUCCUGUGGACUACGAGCCCAUUCGGUACGUAAAAGUCGAGCCGACUUAUCAACUGGGUCCUGUACCUCAACACCACCAUCAGCACCAGCAUCAACAUCAACUUCAACACCAACAGAAGCACCAAUUAUCCCACGUACUUCCCACUAAAGUGCCGACAAAUAGACCUAUUUACAUAUCAAGAAACACUGGAGAAUUAAAUGAAGAAAAUUUAAUUAAAAGUUUACAAUUGACUAAUCAAUUGCCCGAGAUGUUAAAUAGAGACAAUAUUGACUCUAGUAUUAAAACGUUGGUUGAGAUACUGGCUUUAUUGCACGGAGCCAAGAAGGAGCUCAAUAUUGGCGACAAUUCGUCGGUUCAAAAACUUUCAGUUCAACCUUCUGUCCCUGUUCCAGUUCCUGAUCCUUCGCCAGCAGUGUACGAAGAAUACAAGCCACAUAAGCCUCAGUACUCGCGGCCGAAAGUCGUUACUGAAAUGCGGUACCAGGCAACAUCUCCAGCUCCUAUUGCUGGUGAAUCCUUGCGGUUCACUGCAACUCCACCUCCAGCUUCUGGUUCACCAGUGCAAAACAAUGGUAAACCCAAUAUUUUGUAUGAUCGCAAUAACGCGAAACCGCAACCAACUGAAUACUCGGAUUACCCCAGCGCUGAGGUUCAGUUGAAGAAUAAAAAUAUUGUCGAGUAUUAUACACCUCUAAUUCAGGAUAUUGAUGAAAAUACCAGUCCGAGCUACAUGCCGAACAAGCUUAAGCACAAGGAGUCGGUUUACAAGAUUGUUGAAGAACUUGAAGAUGUCAAUCAGGAAAUAAACUCGCCAGUGACUCCACCGAAAAAUUACCUUGAUGGGAUUGCAGUGGUGAUGAAUCCCAAGCCUGGGGUCACGACUGGAAAACCUGGUGUUGACUAUCCGACGUAUACGGAUAUACCUGUCACGGACUUUAGCUGCAAGGAUCAGAGGUACAAGGGAUUCUUUGGAGAUCCUGCGACUAGAUGUCAAUGUGAAUCUACAACCCAGCUGUACGUCCUAAACGAACGUCUCUACAAAUUUAUUCUACCUAUAAUGCCGAAGUUCCCGGAGGACUUUAGCGGUCCCGAAGUUGACCGCUACCUCGAGCUUAAAUUCAAGGAGAUGGAGGCGAAGCUCAAGGCCAAAAAACUAAAAAAAGCUAUGGAGAAAAAAGAAAAAGAAAAACCUCAGACUCCUGAGCCAGAAUUAGAGCAAGAAUCAGCUCCAGAGCUAGAGUAA